AUGGCGGAUUCAAAACCACCUACUAUUCUCGAAAAGAUAUAUGCUCAGCGCCAGAAAGAUGUUGAGCAGUCAAAGGUGACACCAGGGACCAAUUUCGAUGACUUGAAGACCUAUCUUUCCAUGAAUUUGGCACCCUCUCAGAUUGCCCUCGUUUCUCGUCUCAAAAUCAAUCCGUCGACGAAUACUGGCAACCCCUCGUUGUCACUGAUGGCAGAAAUCAAGCGUGCCAGUCCUUCGAAGGGGGAGAUUGCUAUGAAAAUCAAUCCAGCUCAACAAGCUCUCACUUAUGCCCAAUCUGGAGCAUCUGUGAUUUCUGUCCUCACUGAACCCACCUGGUUCAAGGGAUCUCUUUUCGAUAUGCGUUUUGUACGGCAAGCUGUCGACGGGAUACCUAAUCGUCCGGCGAUUUUGAGAAAGGACUUCAUCCUUGACGAGUAUCAGAUAGCAGAGGCGCGCCUAUAUGGUGCAGAUACUGUCCUCCUCAUUGUCGCCAUGUUAUCGCACGAAAGGCUUACUGCGCUUUACGCGUACUCCACGUCUCUCGGCAUGGAACCGUUAGUCGAAGUCAACAAUGCCGCCGAGAUGGCAAGAGCACUCGAACUCGGGGCGAAGGUCAUUGGAGUCAAUAAUCGAAAUCUACACGAUUUCAAAGUGGAUAUGGAGACCACAAGUAGACUGGUGGAUAUGGUUCACGGGAAAGACGUUGUGUUGUGUGCGUUAAGUGGGAUUUCUGGCCCUCAAGAUGUUAGGGUGUACAAAGAGCAGGGCGUUAACGCCGUCUUAGUUGGUGAAGCCCUAAUGAGGGCCAAAGACACCGGUACCUUCAUUCGAGGGUUGUUGGAGUGGCCAGGAGCAGCGUGA